AUGCGUCAGGGACGACACAUCUUGGUCGAUGGCUCCUUGCGGAAUGCCUCCCGACAACAGGCCUUUUUCGCAGAAAUCCGUGAAGCAUAUCCCGAGUAUCGGAUUGCCAUCAUUCAUGUGUUUGCAAGUUGGGACGCUAUGCAGAAGCGGUCAACUGUCACACGUGAAGGCGGACGUGUUACCAGCCCAAAGGCUCUACGCACGUCCUUCAAUGCCGUUACUAGUGCUGUUGCGGAACUGGAGCCUCUUGCUGAUUUGACUUUACAUAUCAACAAUGAUGGCUUCCCACCGCAGAUGUUGUACAUGACAUUAGGACGCAAGUGUAGGAAGGUUCGCAAGUGGAACGAAGUUCGCACUGCUUUCCUGCAGGGUCCAGGAGUUGCCAUACCAUUGUUCCGCUCACUCCUCAUCUUCAUCAUGCUCUCUGGGCUUGCAUGUCUUUUGCUUCCCUGGGACCACCAUCUGGGCAGCUGA